CGAAUAAAAAAAAAAACUCGACGAAUAAAUCCCCACUGGUAUCCCCGUCACAGCCGGCGGCGGUGGCGGUGGGGCGAUUGGCGGAUCCGCCACCGCGACUCAGUCGUUCGGCGGCGGCGGCGCGAUUGCCAGAGGAGGUUCGGUUGGUUCCUCGAUCGGUUUCCAAGAAAGAAGAUGAGUGCGGCGGGUGUGAAUGGAUCCGACAACAAAAGAAGCAGGUCCAGCCGAGACGAUCCCUUGGCCUUGCCGGAGAAGAAGAAGAAGGUGAUUGUGUGGAGAGAUCCAGACGCGUGGGUUAUCAGCGAUGCCGACCUGGCCAAGAUGAAACGGGACGAGGAAUCAGCUCCCCCGCCUGUGAAAAUCCCUACGCUCGAUUACUUCAAACCCCCGACCAGGUUUCACACCGCCGAGCUCUUCCCCGUCAGUGAAUCUGGAAGCAAGGCGGUGCUCUCUGCUGCCAAAUUCCUUCUAGGGGUUUCAUCCUCUCUUGGUAUGUAACCCUCUCUGUUUUGGAUUUAAUUGAUCCAUCAACUUAAUGUCUGUAUCGUGCUUGAAUCACACAGACGGUGCUCCGGCUUCUGGGUCGAUUGGGACGAGGACAAGAAAACCGGCCUUGUUUUGACAACUGCGUGGCUGAUUCGCACAAAGGAUGCUCCUUUCAGCGUCUGGUCAGGCGGCGAAGAGUAUGCCCCUCAUGCUGAUGUCACUGUUCAUUUGCUAAAUGGCACCAGUGCAAAGGGCACGCUGGUCUACUAUCAGCCCCAUUACGAUAUUGCUUUCUUGAAUGUUGAGGUGGAUCAACCAAUCAAGUUACCAACUUUUUGUGAAAAGGAUGUAAAAUUUGCCGAAGACAUUUUUCGGAUCGGAAGAGACAAUUCCUUAAAUCUAAGGAUAACAUAUGCUAGGGCAGAAUAUCGGAAUCCAAGCAUGUACCGCCGGUACCACAAUGUGCACUUCCGUUCUCCAGAUGGCCAUGGUGAUGAUAAUGAGUAUGACAAUGGGGGACUAGUCAUUGACUUGAAGGAGAAAGUUGUCGGAAUGGUCAACCUCCCUAAGAGAUUUGGGUCUUUUAUACCGUCUUCCAUUUUGCUCAAUUGUUUGGAUGCAUGGAAGAAAUAUCGGUACAUCGCUCGGCCCCAUCUUGGGAUGAUGUUUGAGGCCAUCAAGCAUCUAGAGCCUGCUCAUGUUGACAUGUUAUGGCGUAUGUAUAACAUUGAUCAUGGUCUUAUUGUUCAAGAGGUGUCGAAAGGAUCUAAUGCUGAGAUACUCGGAAUCCAAAAAGGUGAUGUUAUUGAAUCUAUCAAUGGAAAACCUGUUUCUACCACAAUUGAGUUGGAGAAUAUGCUGAUGAGCACAUGCAAGGGCCUUGCUGAAGUUCAUAUUUCUGUUGGGGUGUUUCACACACUCAAAGAAGAACGAAGCACCGUAGAGUUGAGUGCAAAAUUAUCAAAACUUGGAGAAGUUAUUACAAGCUAGACUCUGGAAGUGGCUGACAGAAGAGGGAUGCCAGGCUACUGGAUGUUGUUUCUAUGGUGGGCGUAGUGUGAUGGAUACUUAGCUAUGACCACAUAUAUGUACUGUAGUCUCUAGAUAUAUUAGAAGAAAUAACAUCUUUAUUUGUAGUGUAUAUAGUGCCAAAGUAGCAACCCCUUGUGAGAUUCUCUGUUCUGCUAUAAUUACUGCAGAGAGGUUUAUAUAGACCUUAUUGAGACCCCUCAGAGGGAGAGAGCCUGUCCUUAUUUGUAGUUUAUAUAGUGCCGAGGUGCUGUCCUGUCUUAGCCUGAUGGGUUGUGAGCAGGUUAUUUAUAUGUCUGAGAAAUGGCAAA